AUGGACAAGGUAAGAGAAGUACAAUCUCUUCUCAUCAUUCUUUUCCAAAUGAAAGUCCUAUACUGGAACAUAAGAGGCCUGAGGAGAGCAAAGGCCAGAGAUAAGUUAAGAAAUAUAGUAAAAAAAAAUUGUCCUUCUUUAGUUAUUUUAGCUGAACCAAAAAUCUGGGCUACUUCUGAGUUUAUUAAAAAGUUAAGAUUACCAGGUAUGCAUUUUCAACUCAUUGAUAAUUAUUAUGAAGAAAACAAAGGUAAUAUUUGGAUUCUGUGGAGUGCUUCAAUAAUAUCAAACACCAGACAAGAGAUAACAGUGGAAGUGGGAGAUGCUCUUAUUACUAGAGUUCAUGCUGCUACUCUUAGUGUUAAUAGAAGAGAGUUAUGGAAAGAUUUAGUGGACAUAAAUAAUCUGAAUAAGCCAUGGCUUGUGAUUGGUGACUUCAAUACAGUGAUGAAUGUAUUGGAAAAGAAAGGAGGAUUAGCUCCUUUAAAAAUAUCAAUGAUGGAGCUUAAAAAUUGUCUGAAUAUUUGUGGUCUCAUUCAAGCACCAAGUACUGGAUUAGAUUUUCCAUGGUGUAACAAUAGAGCAGGAAGGAAAAGAAAUGUAUGCAAUUUAGAUAGAGCAGUUUUCAAUGACAAAUGGCUGGAGUUAAUCCCUAGUUGGGGAUAUAAAGUUGGAGCAAGAGGAAUAUCAGAUCAUGGAGUUCUAUAUGUGCAAAUGCUGAAAUUCCAGAACAAAAAAAAUGUUCCCUUCAGAGCAUUAAAAGUAUGGAUGAGUCAUCCGGAUUUUUAUCAUCAAGUACAAGAAAUUUGGAAGAUCCAUAUUCCAGGUAAUCCUAUCUUUGUUUUCAUGAAAAAAUUAAAGAUACUGAAACAAGAAAUAAAAAAGUGGAAUUGGACUUCCUUUGGAGAUAUAACAAAGAAGAUAAAAGAAGCAGAAGAUAAAGUUUUGCAGGCUGCUUUAAUUUCUGAUAAAAACCUAAUGAAUUUACAUCUUUUAAAUAACUUAGUAACUGCAAGAGGAGAGCUGGAAGUUCUCUCAGAUAAACAAAAAGAGAUUUUGCAACAAAAGUCUAGAGUGAAAUGGCUAAAAGAAGGAGCUUCUAAUUCAAGAUUCUUUCAUGUAAAUCUAAAAAUUAGACAAGCUCAAAAUGCAAUAGUGGAAUUGGAGAAUGCAGAUGAGAACAUAAUAUAUGAUCAAAAACAUAUUGAUGAAUCUCUAAUAUCUCAUUUUGAAGACAAGUUCAAAUAUCAAGAAGUGCAAUUCACUCCUGGGAUCUUUCAAUAUAUUCCUAGAGUACUUAGUGAUGAAGACAAACAAGUUUUGGAUGAUGUUCCAACAUAUGAAGAGAUUAAAAAAGCAGUUUAUGAUCUUGAUCCUGAUAGUGCACCAGGAACUGAUGGUUUUGCUGGGUGGUUUUUCAGAUUUGCUUGGGAAAGAUUUAAUUUCUGCAAUCAAGUACUGCUGGAGAGGUGGAUUUAUUCCUCAGGAUUUGAAUGCAAACUUUCUUCUUCUUCUACCAAAAGUUAA